ACAGCGGCCUCCACCGAGGCGCUACCUGGGAAGCGGACCUGAACUCGGACUCAGACCGCAGCCCCGGGCUCGGAGGUGGACACAGUGUCAGACACGGAUCCGAGCUCGCACCCCAAGCGUGGUCGGCGGCUAAUGCGGCGCAGACACGGACUUGGACGCGGAUACAGACCGCGGCUCCGACCGAGGCUCGCCCUGGGACAAGCAUGUGAACUCGGAUACUGGCGGACGCGGAUGCGGACGCGGACUCGAGCCCGGACCCAACCACGGGCUCGGACGCGGACCUUACCUCCAAACUCGCACGCGGACCCCAACCCCGGACUCGGGCGACCCCAACUCCAGACUCAGACGCGGACCCCAACUCCAGACUCAGACGCGGACCCCAACUCCAGACUCAGACGCGGACCCCAACUCCAGACUCAGACGCGGACCCCAACUCCAGACUCAGACGCGGACCCCAACUCCAGACUCAGACGCGGACCCCAACUCCAGACUCAGACGCGGACACCAACCCCAGACUCAGACGCGGACCCCAACUCCAGACUCAGACGCGGACUCCAACUCCAGACUCAGACGCGGACUCCAACUCCGGGCUCGAGCAGGGACUUCGAGCCUAGAAUGCGGCUAAUCGCAGGGCGCGCCCUGCCGCUGCCGAUGCGGGUCUGCCUGGACACAGACGCGGACUCGGACGCGGACCCCAACCCCGGACUCGGGCACGGACUUCAACCCCGGACUCAGACGCGGACCCCAACCCCGGACUCGGACUCAGACGCGGACCCCAACCCCGGACUCGGAUAUGGACCCCCAACCCCGGGCUGAGACGCAAAC